UUCCCGGUAUUUUAAUUCUUUUUCUCGGGAGACGACGAGGAUAAGGCAUGGCAUGAGCUUCAGGAGCCGGGACUGGAGAGAGACCCGUGGAAGAUGUCGAACCCGCGCAACGGUGACACAAAGCCCCCAUGUCUGCCCCGCAACGGCCUGGUGAAGAUCCCCACCCAACCCAACGGCCUCGGUUCCGCCAGCAUCACCAAAGGCACCCCCGCCGUCAAGAACCGCCUGUGCCAGCCUUCCUCUGUGCCUGCCAUCCUCAGCCCAGCCUUAGCCCACCGCAGCGACCUCUCCAUCCCCAGCCUGGCCUCCCCGCUCUCCUUGGCCGCUCUGGCCAGUGUCUCCUCCCCUCCCGACGCUUCCUUGGCGGGACUGACCCCCAGCGAAGGUUCGGAGCAGCCCUCGCCGGAGCGGCUGCCCGGCUCCCCCUCGGAGAGGCAGCUGGCAGUGGAUGAGAAGAUCCUCAACCGCUUGUUCUGGUACUUUUCUGCCUGUGAGAAGUGUGUGUUGGCACAGGUGUGCAAGGCCUGGAGACGAGUGCUCUACCAGCCCAAGUUCUGGGUGGGUUUGACCCCUGUCCUGCACACCAAAGAGCUCUACAACAUCCUGCCCAGUGGAGAGAAGGAGUUCGUCAGCCUGCAAGGCUUCGCCAUCCGUGGCUUCGACGGCUUCUGCCUGGUGGGCGUCUCUGACCUGGACAUUUGUGAGUUCAUUGACAACUAUCCUCUCUCCAAGAAAGGGGUGAAGUCCAUGAGCCUUAAGAGGUCGACCAUCACAGACGCGGGGUUGGAGGUGAUGCUGGAGCAGAUGCAGGGUGUGGUGCGGCUGGAGCUGUCGGGCUGCAAUGACUUCACGGAGGCAGGGCUGUGGUCCAGCCUCAACGCCCGCAUCACCGCCCUGAGCAUCAGCGACUGCAUCAACGUGGCCGACGAUGCCAUCGCCGCCAUCUCCCAGCUCCUGCCCAACCUCACCGAGCUCAACCUCCAAGCCUACCACGUGACGGACACGGCGCUGGCCUACUUCACUGCCAAGCAAGGUUACACCACCCACACCUUGCGCCUCAACUCCUGCUGGGAGAUCACCAACCACGGCGUGGUCAACAUGGUCCACAGCCUGCCCAACCUGAGCGUCCUCAGCCUCUCGGGUUGCUCCAAGGUGACAGAUGAUGGCGUGGAGCUGGUGGCUGAGAACCUGCGGAAGCUUCGCAGCCUCGACCUCUCCUGGUGCCCUCGCAUCACCGACAUGGCCCUGGAGUACAUCGCCUGUGACCUGCACAAGCUGGAGGAGCUGGUGCUCGACAGGUGCGUGCGGAUCACUGACACUGGCCUCAGCUACCUGUCCACCAUGUCCUCCCUGCGGAGCCUCUAUCUGCGCUGGUGCUGCCAGGUGCAGGAUUUUGGCCUGAAGCACCUCCUGGGCAUGGGCAGCCUGCGGCUCCUCUCUCUGGCCGGCUGCCCCUUGCUGACAACCACGGGGCUAUCGGGGUUGGUGCAGCUGCAGGAUCUGGAGGAGCUGGAGCUCACCAACUGCCCCGGGGCCACCCCCGAGCUCUUCAAAUACUUUUCCCAGCACCUCCCAUGCUGCAUGGUCAUCGAGUAGCGCCGGAUCGGACCCUCCCACCCCGAUUCCCGAGUCCCCCCCUCCCCGCCUGAUAUUGCCCACCCCAACUUCUUUCCAUCUUCUGGGCCGGGGAGAGGCGGGGGGCUGGGGAACGACGACUUAAAAGAUGCCACCCCAGACACCCCCAGCACCGACACCUCAAGGAUCCCCUGUAAAUUCUGUCCCUUCCUCGUCCUUCCUCCUCUUCUCAUGGCCCAGCCUCCUCCCGCUGUCCCACCAACCGCUUCUGGAGGGACAAACGGACACCACGGACACCCAAAGUGGGGAGGAGACAAUGGCGU